CCCCCACAGCACGAGAAAUCGAAGGAGAAUCAUGGGGCAAAACAUCGCAACAGCAUUUUCCCUCAGAAGCUAGCGACCUAGGGUUUUAACUUAAGCCCAAUCCCAAAGCUCGCCCGAGCGAGAUCUCUUUCUCUCUUCGAUUACUUCUCUGCUAGCCCCAGAUUCUUCCUCGUCCCUCUGUUGUCUGCUGCUCUAUUUAAGCUUUCUCUGCCCAGAUUAGGAGGAUGGGGGACGGUUACUGGAAUCGGCAACAGCCCGUCGUUCCUUCUCCUGGGCUGCUCAAACGGCCUCGCCUUGAUUACGAUGUCCCUCCUCCAGGCUUGCCUUCUGGUCCUGAGAUGCAAAACUAUCUAGCACGUGAUGAUGAUCCUAAUGGACCUCGGGCUGUGAAGGACACCAAAACAAUAGGAUCAGCAUAUGACCGAUACCUCCAGAGCUCACAACUGUCUUCACAUACUCCUGGAGAAGCUAGUGCAUAUGGCAGUGUUGGAAUGGGACGAACAAUUGGUGGUGGAAUGCCAGGUGCUCCUGUUGCUGAUCCUUCUAUGAUGAGCCGCCCUGGGCCUCUUGCUCCGGACAUGGCACCGAAUGGUCGAAAUGCUGGUUUUGGUGGUCCACUCCCGAUGGAAGCCAUGGGAAGGCCAGGGCGUGAAACUGUUCCUUUGCCUCCAGAUGCUUCCAGUACUCUGUAUGUUGAAGGACUUCCUCCUGACAGUACAAAAAGGGAGGUUGCUCAUAUAUUUCGGCCUUUUGUGGGGUAUAAAGAAGUGAGACUUGUGAUUAAGGAGUCGAAGCAUCGUGGAGGAGAUCCUCUAAUCCUUUGUUUUGUGGACUUUGUAAAUCCGGCUUGUGCAGCCACUGCUUUGAGUGCCUUGCAAGGCUACAAAAUGGACGAGCAUGAUCCAGACUCCGCUUACCUGCGGCUGCAAUUUUCUCGGUACCCAGGGCCAAGGUCAGGUGCGGGACCACGUGGGAGGAGGUGAUGGGCGUGACCAAGUUUGAUGGGGUGUGGUCUUCUGCACUUCACUGGUACCCAUCAAGUUUGGUCGUGCGCUGGGGUUUGCAUGGCCUUGGUCCAGCCCAUAGUUCUAUGUGCUAAUCAGAUUGCUCUCUUCUUCCCUUAAUGAAUGCUUGAGGUGCAGGAUAUAUCUACGGGAUGCUGUCAAGAUUGUAGGGGUGAUGCCGAAUGAGUCUGUGAUAUACGGCUGACUAUGACUGUUAAUCUUGUCAUUCCUUGAAGGGGUAGUGUUGUAUAAUUGCCUUUAGAUUGAAAGCUUUCGCAUUUGACUCUUCCUCUAGUAGCAUUUUUAUGUUCUGGAUAUUUAUUAAGUUUUCUAUUAACGAAAUCGUGGGAGAGAACCCAAUUUUGAUU